GGAGGAGACGUCCUGAAGCAGCUGAACCGCAUCGUGGUUGGACCUGAUCGGGCAGGACUGGGCUGGGCUGCGGGGUCGAGCAGCGGUGGACGCUGUGCACGGCUCGGUGCGCGGAUCCUCCUGCAGCUGCUGGAUUCAGAGGAUGAGACGAGCUCCAAAACAUGGUUUGGCUGAUACAUCCAUCCUGAGCCUUCUUCGCUCAUAUGCUGGACACUUAAAUGUGGACAUGGGGAGGACGAGGGAUGUAGCUGCAAUGGAUUAAGAACUCGAACUUAGAUAUUUGUUCAUUCGAUUUUGGGGCUUAUAAUAUUUAUCACCCUGCCCGGGCAAUGGAAAACCAAGCAGCUGAGCCGCAGAACUAUGAAGACGUGCAGAAAAGCGGCUAUCUCCGCAAGCAUAAAUCAAUGCACCGGCGGUUCUUCGUGCUGAGGGCGGCCUCGGAGCAUGGUCCUGCUCGGCUGGAGUAUUACGAAAACGAGAAGAAAUUCCGCAGUAAAUCACCUGUGCCCAAAAAAGUCCUGAGCCUGGAGACAUGCUUCAACAUCAACAAGCGGGCAGAUUCCAAAAACAAGCACAUGAUCGUCCUUUAUACCCGCAGCGAGAGCUUUGCCAUCGCUGCAGACAGCGAGGAGAUCCAGAAUGAGUGGUACCAAGCGAUGCUGGACCUCCAGUGCAACUGUAAGACUCCCGAAGACUAUGGCAGUAGUGGAGAGUGUAGCUCGCCGUCUCCUGUUCCAACCUUCAAGGAAGUAUGGCAGGUCAAGGUUUGGCCCAAAGGUCUUGGACAUGCCAGGAACUUAGUGGGCAUAUACCGGCUGUGCCUCACCGACAAGACGGUCAACUUCGUCAAACUCAACUCCGACGUGGCAUCUGUGGUGUUGCAGCUGAUGAAUGUUCGCAGGUGUGGCCACUCGGAGAACUUUUUCUUCAUCGAGGUGGGUCGCUCUGCGAUAACCGGGCCCGGAGAGUUCUGGAUGCAGGUGGAUGACUCGGUUGUCGCUCAGAACAUGCAUGAAACCCUGCUGGAGGCCAUGAAGGCCCUGAGCGAGGAGUUCCGUCAGCGCAGUAAAUCUCAGUCUGUAGGGACAUCGUGUGGAGGUGGUACUGCUUCUAAUCCCAUCAGCGUGCCCAGCCGUCGCCAUCACCCCAACCUGCCGCCGAGCCAGGUGGGCUUCUCCAGGCGAGCCCGCACGGAGACCCCAGGAGGAGGCAGCAGCACAAGCACUUCACCCACGUCGCGCCACGGCUUCCCGAGGGCACGGACCGCCAGCAUCGGCGCCCGGUCGGAGGAGAGCGGAGCGAGCGCGAAAGGGACGUGGGCGAGCUCAAGCCCGAGUCUUAACGGCUCCUGCUCGACUACACCGACGCUAAGGCCCAAGCCCACCAGGGCCCCAACCCCUGCUAAGAUAACCCUCAGCCUUGCGCGUUACACGCCUAACCCCGCCCCCUCCCCUGCGCCGAGUCUAUCCUCCAGCUCGGGUCACGGCUCCGAGUGUGGCCUGGUGGGAGCGGCGGUGGGAGGCAUGACUGUCUGCUCUUAUCCUCGUGUUUCUCAGAGAGUUUCUGUUUCAGGUUCACCGAGCGACUACGGCUCCUCAGAUGAAUACGGCUCCAGUCCCGGGGAACACUCUCUGCUCGUUCCCAGCCUCUCUGGACAUCAUGCCCACGGGGAAGGCUCCUCCAGCUACAUAGUAAUGGGACAGCGGGAGGGCCUCCUUGGUUCCCACCAUCGCUCAAAAGGUCGCCGGAUUCUGAGGCGUGCAUCCAGUAGGGAAUCUGAGGCAGAACGCAGGCUGCUGAGUAAGAGGGCUUCCCUUCCUUUGGCGGCCCAUGAGAGACUGAUUCCCCAUAGGAAAGAUGAAGACGAUGAGGAUGACGAAGAAUAUGCCAUCAUGUCACGGAGCGCUAACCGGGGGAGAGCUGAUUCGCACCACAGCUCGGGAGCUCUCGCGGGCGGUGUUGAUAUGAGGAAGAGGGCCGACAAAAGCCGGGGAGAGGUUGACCCCGGAGCGGGUGUGGACACCGGUUACAUGUCCAUGUUGCCUGGAGUGACGUCUCCUCCCGUGUCGCUCUCUCUCUCAAUCGGCAUGUCCGACUCCAGCGCUAAACCCGGGGCAGAUGACGAGUACAUGGCCAUGACCCCCAACAACAGCGUGUCCCCUCCUCAGCACAUCCGCCAGCCGAGCACCGAGGGCUACAUGGUCAUGUCUCCAAACAGCAGCAGCUCCACAGACCUGCACGGGCUGGGCAUGUGGGACGGCAGGGGCAGCGUGGAGAGCCGCUCCGCUAGUGACUACAUGAACAUCUCGCCCGUCUGCAGCCGCUCCGCCUGCAGCACACCGCCCUCCCACCCUGAACAGCACCAACUCCAACCAAAAAUGUUCAACUCCUACUUCUCCCUGCCACGAGCAUAUCAGCACACUCUGUACACGCGCUUCGAGGAAGACUUGAACAAAGGGGAGGCGAAAAAGGACAGCGGUGGGCAUGAAGCCGCUGGGAGGGGAGGGGGGUUGGGAUACAGCAAGAGAAACAAAAUCUUAGUGGGCUCCACAGGUGGCUGCCAACUCUCCAUGUCUUCCUCUUCGUUCUCCUCCAGCUCGGCCAGCAGUGAAAGCCUGGAAGACAAGUCCACGUCCGCAGGGAGGGGGUUGAGUUUAUUAAGGACCGGCGCAGAGAUCAAGGGCGUGGGGGCGGGCGCAAAAGACGGGCGUCACCAUCCAAAACGCGGCUCGAGCAGUAAGAGCCCGAAGCAACAGAGGAGGGGUCGCCCGCUGAGCAUGUCUUCAGACAUUGCCAAGGCAAACACUCUGCCCAGGGUGAAGGAGAACCUGCUGCCGUCGGCGUCUCCAAACGUUGGUGAGUAUGUGAGUAUUGUGUUCAAGGAGGACAACAAGUACGACAGAGGAAGACACGCGGGAUCUAAACACGGACAAACUGUGAUCCACGGGACGCUCAGGCCUAUAAACCAACCGCUUCUCCACCAUGAUAAUCCCUGCGUCCUCCCUCGCAGCUUCUCGGCACCCUUGUCCACCUCUGCAGAGUACGUCAGCAUGGACUUAGGGAAGCCCUCCGUGCCACUGACUCCUGUUAGAGCCGCGUUCAGCACCCCACAGGGCCCACCGGCCGUUGCCCCAAAGUCCCGACAUGAGCGACGCUCGUCUUCUCCUUCGUCGGCGGAGGGCAAUAGCGGUCACAGAACAAAGGUGAAGGUGGCGGCGUUGCCAACAGACCCCCCGCCAACAUUCACGGACAGCAAAGGUUCAGAUCCCAGCAAUUCAGCGAGACCUGCCAUCCACUCGGGUCAGCCCUUAUCCAUGGAGCAGGAGACGGGCUCGGGCUUUUCUCCAGUCAAGUCCUUCCAGUCUCCCAGCAGGUUGGUCCGAGGUGACCAGCAGGGCCGGCAGAGCCACCGCUCGGAGACUUUUAGCUCCCCUCCCUCCCAUCCACGCCACCCACCCUCUUCUACCUCCCUCUUCCCGGAGGGCAGCCAGGCAGCGGGCCAUCGGCACGGUUUGGAUUGCUCACCGUGGGAGAGCAGACAGGCAGCUGGUCUAUCUGCCACACCUCCACCACAAGCCUCCACCUCAUCUGCUGAACAAGGCCUUAACUAUAUUGACCUUGACUUGGCCGUUAAGGAGAACCCUCAAGCAGGAGUGGAUCGCACCUCCGCCGCCUACAACAUCGGAGGAGGCGCAAUGGGCAGCAGCGCUGGCUCAAGCCUCAACACUUAUGCCAGUAUUGAUUUCUAUAAGUCAGAGGAGCUGAGAGCACACCAGAGCGGCAGAAAAGAUGGUCAAGAUUGUUGAUCUCUCCACGCUCGCUCUGUGAGGGGACGGCCCGCUCUGUUGCCACAACAGAACUGUUCACUGAAGUCUGAACACUGGAAACCCUGGAAAACUCAUCCCAUCCCCCGUCUGCUGUUUUCUCUCAACCAAACGUGUGCCAAACACACACAAACACACACACACUAACACAGACACACACACAAACAAACCCACACGAGGGGUAAGAAAAAGAUUCUGUUUUUGUCUGGCUUUGAAUAGAAAUGACUUCUGAUCAUCGUUUAAGCGCAGUAUGGACAAAAGAUGAUUUGUGAUUGUGUGUGACGCUCGUUGCCAUGGAGUCAAUCACUAAAUCUUCAUUUUUCUUGAUUCGCCUGAACUCAGCAACACAAACAGUCAAACAGGUGAAGGUAUAAAUUAACAAGGCUUUCAGGGAAUUGGACAAAGGUCAAAUAAAGUCUAUCAGUGUUGUUUGAAUUGAUCUUAUCUAAUCUUUUGAACUCUCAUAAAUUAAGACUCAGCUGCUCCUACAGCGACAUUUAAUGCUUAGUGUUUACGGUUCACCUCAUCCUCAAGUCAUCUUUUGUCCAUACUGUACAAGUUAAUUGCUCAUCAGGGGUCAUUUUGGGCCAAAAUAAGAAUGAUAUACGGCUUUGAAGGUUGCAUACACUCAUACAUGCUGUCACUGUAAACAUAUUUGAUUUAUUAUAAACAGUUGCCCAAAAGCCUUUAGUCUUUCUGACAACGUUUCUUGUGCUACUAGGAAACUUAAAAAAUACUAAAACCAAUGCUAAAUUAUGAACUUUUAAAAUAAGUUACGUCAUAUGUGUCAAGUUAGAUUUGAUGUUUUUCCGGUCACACGGGGACAAAACGAUUGUGAGAAAACACAUUAUACGCAAUCCUUGUGAAAUCCACGGGAGCCUAAACCGUAUUAAAUUGGAUAUCAGGCGAUUUGAUUACAAUUUCAUUUUCAGAUGCUUUCUGUGCUCCCAGUUUAUCUUUGGGUCGUAUAGCUGAGCCAUGAGAACAGAAGCUUUUACUUUUCAUCCUCUCAAAAUGGUCAUAUUGUAAUUCUGUGUUUUUCCUCUCAGAAUGAUGUGUAAUCCCUAAAGCUCCAGAUGUGCACUCACACAGGAAAUAUGUUUACACAGUCCCCCGCUUUGAUUAUCUACAAACUAAACAUGUCCUGUCGUGUCCACGGGCUGCUUCUCAAACUGAGCCUGAAAGAAAGCCGAGUCAGUGACGCUUUAGGAGAACUCACCUCAAGGUUUGAUGAAAAAUGAAUCUACUCUUACGGUAGAUAUGAAUUCUUUCUUCACUAUUUUGCAUUUUAAAAUAACAGAUGAAAUAGUCAUACUAAUUGUCUGAGCUGCAGCUACGAUGCUGCAUAAAAUGCCACAUGAAAACCGUAGCUGAAAUACAACAUGACACCAGUCGGAGAAAUGAUGUCACAUGAUCAAGCGUACAGAUACAUAAUGUGCAUUUAUGCGAUCAUGACUGAACGCAACAUCGCAUAAAAAUGACCAAAUUACCGAAACAUUCCUGCACUAUGCAUGUAAACAGCAUAAUCUAAAUGUCUACAACAGGCAAUAAGGAGAAUAAUUAGACUCUGUAUGUAAAUGUCCUCAGUGAGAGGCGCUGAAGGGACCUGAUAACAGACUCGUUGGCUUGUAAGUGAGGGAAGCUGAAUACUGCAGUUUAGAAAAGAAAUAACAUUUGUGGGCUGUGGAGAAAUGAUCGGUCUCAGUGUUCAAACUAAACUGAGCAGUUUACAUUAAAUGAAAACUUUUAUUUCCAAAAAAAGAAAAAGAAAAGAUUGUUUUUAUUGCAAACAUGGAAAAAACUGCAUUCACGUAAAAACGAUUAAUCGCCUUUUUUUCUGAAUUAACGAGAUGGUUAAGUCGUCAAUUUGAUGCUACGAUGAUUUAAGUGUUAAUUCAGGAUUAACAUGUUUAAAAAUAUAGUCAUGUCAUUAAUUCAGAAAAACUGCAGACUUCAUUUUCACAAGUGAUUGUAAAACGCUUCUGUACAAAAUAGUGAAUACUUUUUUUUUUUUUUAAACAGGAAGCUACCUGGUAGAUAUUUGAACCACCACGUUCAGCAGUUUCCUGACUUCUCCUCUGAGCACAUUUUACCAUUUAAAAACCGUUGAUCAGAUAAAGCCGAAGCGUGGCACAUGAUGUUAAAUCACUGACAAAAUACUUGAGUCCCAUGACCGGUCCUGUUGGGGACAGCUGUUUCAAACUGCGUCAAAUAUGGAAAUGAAAACUUGCAUCAUGGGAGAAAUACAGUCGACCAUUAAUACAUGUUAGAGGUGGACAAGGACGAAAAAGUUAAAGUUAAUCCCGAGCUCUCCAAGAAAAUACUCCCCAACAAAGAACAAAAACAUGAAAUAGUACAGUCCCUAACUGUAACCUAACAUGUGAAGACAUUCAUCCAUGCAGCUGAUGAUGAUUUCAUUAUUAUUAAAGUAAACACACAAAAAGAAACAUGUUAUCCCGUUUGAAUUGAAAACAUUUUUAAACUCUCUUUUUCAUUUAAUUUUAGUUUAAAUAAAAUGUGAGGGCCCUUUGAGUUGAUGGCUUACACAUGAAAUGUGACUUUGAUGCGGUUUGAACCAAUAACGUAGCAGCACACUUCUGAUGAAAGUGUUGUCAGAGUGUAAAUGCUUUUGGGCAGCUGAUCUUUUUUAUUCUACCUGUACAUGAUAAUACAGUAUACAUGACAGUAUACUUGUAGAACAACAGAAACUAUAGUACAUAUACUGUAGUCUGUUUUCAGUGAACAAUAAAGUUCAUAAAGUGACACAUUACAAUGCUAUAUCAAAUAUACAGUAUACAUAUAAUGAUGAAGAACUACAUAGCCUAGAAAUCUAUAUACUCUUUUAUAAAGUGCCUCAUUUUUGAUUGUAGCUGUUUUUACACAGAUAAUCUGAAAAUGGGUUGUGAACACAGAAAAAAAAACAAAGGUGUUGUUUCUCUCCUGAGUCCAAAUUGUGAAUAUGUUGAACUUUACAGACGACAGACCGGAAACUCUUACUGCUAUCAGUCAGCCAUAAUCAAAUUGCCUUACUGUGUUUAUAAGACAAAAAAAAAAAAGUAUUUUGUUGUCUUUUAUUUUCUUUCUUUCUUUUGCAGUGCCUAACACUUCAGCCACAAUGUAAGCACUCACUUACUCUUUUGUUUGGCGUUGUCAAGUUGAGGUUUAGCCAAAAAAAACAAAACAACAACAACAAACAAAGCAAAAAAAAAA